AUGUCGACACCAUCGCCAGGUGUUGAAGGUGCUGCCCUGAUCAGAGGCUCACACCACGCCUUCAGUCCGGAACUUGUCGCCAAGCUUGGUCAUGAUUACACCGUAUACGCCUACGACUUUUCCGAGUACGAAACGCCCCUUGUCGGACAAGGCAUGCUAUCAUGGAUCCUUGCCUCUGCCUCUAUAACGCCCAAUGCCCCCGCCGAGGAAUCACAAACUAUGGUCACCGGUCGCGUUUGCAAGAACAUCCUAGGCCUCUUUUCGAAUGGCAUCAAGGAGACGCUGGAGGUCAAGCUCAAGCUUGUUCCUGUUCCGACCUGCAUGCAGAGCGAAUACGUGGAGAAUAUGGAGCGGUAUCAUAGCCUUAGCAAGAUCAUGCCUGAAGGAAUGGACUACAAGGAGUGGGCAGAGUUUCUCAAAGCAAACCCGGCCAUUGGUCAACUAGCCCAACCCACGCCCAUGGAUGCCCCAUCGAUGACGGAAAGCAUGUCCACGAAUGCGAUCGAAUCCUUCAAUGAGUUGAUGAGGAACAAUUCGUUCCAUGGCCAUCAUCGCUUGUCUUUCAGUGCUCAUGACACCCGAGCUUCUAGUCCCGCCAUGAGCACGGUGUCUGCGUACCCGUACCAAAUGCACCCAGAAUACCGUCCCGCUUCGCAAGCGUCUUUCUACAGCGAAUCCGCCGCAAAUUCGCCUUACUACCCGUCCGCAACCGAUCCCAAUCUCGAGCAGGCCGACGAGGGCCCGCCUAAAAAGAGGGCUCGUGUAACAAAAGCGAAGAGACCAAAGAAGACAGCCUUAGGUCCCAAUAUCGAAUCGCUACGGGUGACUGCUAGUACUGCAGCAUCUGUGCGACUGCACCGUCCGGUACCUCUUAAUGCUAGCGCUGCGGUGUCAGCCGAACAAGUACCGCGUGCGCCCACACCACGUCCACGUCAUGCUGGGUCGCACUCGAAUGAAUCUCGCGUUCCAGCUCCAAGCCUGCUACGAAACGCGUCGAUGGAAGAAACUCGUCCCUACGUGUCGCCAUACGACAGCGGCAUCUUCUCGGACAACGCCAUAGAUUCUGCAGAUGACGAUAAAGGUGACAGUCCUUCGGAUACUCCCCCGAACAUGCCCUCUUCACCUCCUAUGCUAUCCGAGCAUGUUGCUUCCCCCGCUCCCUCCAGUCCUGAACUUCCCAUGCUCCCUCCCCCCAAUGAUUCUGGGUUCGCGAGUGACAUGGCUAGUGCUCACAAUGAAGAAGGAAGAAAAGCGUACGACAACAGUGGAGUUCCUGCGGCGCCUGAGGUGCGUACGCGCAAGAAACGAGAUAGUUCAAAACGCCCUUGGUCUGAAAUCAACCCUGGGCCUAGCAACCUCUUACCGACCUCCGAGAUUCGAACAGAUCGACCAGGACAUAGCAAGAAGGAACCCGAAUCGAAGCCAAUUGACCCGAACCUACUGAAACAUUUUUUGAACCACUAUGGGACAAACGAUUCAAAUGGCGUAUCGCAGAGUAUCGAAACAACAGGAAACAACGUUGAAAAGCCUCCCGUCGAGAUCUUCUCGUCUAAAGAUGCCCCGACAGGCCCAUCGCCGCCAGCAGACACAGCAACAACAUCUGCCAUUCGACAACCAGAACUCCGCGUAGGGACUCCCAGUCUCCCCUUACCGCCUCCCAAAGCAGCUAGAGGAUUGGUCAGAUCGCAAACAUGGGCUGGUGAGCCUAUGUCAGAUGCCGCAGGCCCUGAUGAUGCUAGACCGAAACAGCCUCGAAGUGGGUCCGGUGCAAGACGACAAACGAAAGUGCUCAUCAAGGAGAAGUUGGAGGAAGCCAUCAUCAAGGGCCACUUGCCGACUUUUUGCAACAACUGUGGGCAGAUCGAGACGCCAGCUUGGAGACAUGCAUAUACGCGGGUUGUGAAUGGGACCCCACAAAACAUCGAGUUAUCUUCGAAAGGCAACGCCAUCGUGGCAUAUGAAGUCUUGAACCCUGCGGAUAAUGAGGGAGUCCCCCAUUACCGUAUAUUCAAGAACGACUUGGCGCCUGACGGAUCGGAGCUAGAUCUCUUUACGACUCUUACCCUCUGCAACCCUUGUGGACUAUGGUUGUCGAAGAAGAAUGCAAUGCGACCACAGGAUGUAUGGGGGAAGUCCCGGGCACAAGUAUCCGCAGACAAGGCGAGGAAGUUCAAGAAACCGAAAAGGACCAAGGCCGACACUGACCUUUUCACCUCUGAUGCAGUUAUUCCAGAGUCUGACUCAGGUCUUUUCGAUUCACACCUAGAAGCAGAAGCUCUUCCUGCACUAGACGGCACCAGGGAUAUUCAGAUGCAACCACUCUCGCAAACAGCUUGCAAAGGCUCCAAACUUGACGAGCCUACAGCGCGGGCUGCACUUGAGCGGGCCUUCCAGUCUAGCCCCGUGGGCGUCCGUAGUGGAAGCAAAGACACCCCUAUCGAUGUCGAUGGUGAUCUGACACCUAAACCCACACGCCGACUACUCUUCCCCUCACCUCGGAGACCUGGCGAAAUGAAGUCGUUAGCCGACAGCAACUUGGCCAGGUCCUUGUCGGACGCAGCCAUGGAGGACGGUGACAAGGAAAAUUGUCCACCACCGGCAACCACUGAGGACGAUGAUCUGGCGCACCUCUUUGGGUCCCCCAAGGUGACGCCCCCCAAAAGCUCUUCUUUUGAGGAUCUAUUGAAGACACCAACACCUGGUUCACGCCAACGUGUCGCGCUCACACCCAUGCGUCACGCCGAUGCAAUUUUGUCAACGCCUUCAAGAUUCUCUCGAACGCCUAGAGGCAAUGGAAGAAAUGCGACGAUAGCCCCAGAGACUCCCUUCACCCGGCAACUUAACGACUUACUCUCUGACAGCAUGCUUCCUGGUUCGCCGUCUCAAAACUUUGACAUGUCUGCUUUCGCGACUUUCAACACACCGGGCCGUAAUAGCAUCCUGCAUUUUGGAGAUUUCCUGCAAAACGACUCGUUGUCUAGCGACUUACCCGUACCGAGCAGCUCUCCACCGAAACAUUUCGACUUCUCUGUCUUCGAGGACCCAAACACGAGCACGGUUGGCCUGUGGAGUGGAGCAAGCAUCUUCGAUAUCAACGAUGCGAUCAUGUCUGAUGCACCUGUUCAUGAGCAGCACAGCGAUGCUCAGGACGGCAACGCUACGCCGAAAAUACUUACGGUCAAUGGCAUCAGUCUCGACUUCUCUUCGAUGAUUGAAGAGGUGGUUGGAAAUGUGAACCCGGAAGAGCGGGAAAGCGCAGCACCAGUGCCUACGUCAGCUGUGUCUCCGGGAUGUAGACCAAAUCUCGUCCCAGAGCCAGCGCCAGCUAAGCCCAUAGAAACACGACCAGACCUUGUCCCCCCCGCCAGUUACCCAAACACGUGUACAUCCACCGAUUCCUCCGCCUGGCGAAUAUGA